AUCGAAAGACCAUUAACCAGAGUUAUACGGUUUGAAUAAGAUGUUGAGUGUGAUAACUAGAAGUAAGGCCAGGGCCGGACUCUUGCGAGCAGGACGCAUAUUGCAAGCACAAGUUGCAUGCUACCAUGUUGCGCAACCGGAUACCAGUUUGAAAACCGAAUACGAAUCAAUCACCAAUUACGAUAGUUAUAGAAAUACUAUAUUCACCCAUAGAUUACCCGAACUGACUGCACAACAAUCCCCACCAUUAGUUGCAUUACACGCCAGAUUGAAUUUACCAUCAAGUUAUUCCUUAUCAACUUUGUCACAAGCAUUAAAUUUGCAUAAAUUUGAUGGGUUAGCUAAUAAUUUUGGAUUAAAUACCUUAGGUAAAACAUUAUUAUCAUAUUAUAUUGCCGAAUAUUUACUUAUCAAAUAUCCAAGAUUACCCAUGCCAGUUCAUAAUGUUGCAGUUGACUCGUUUAUGGGAGUCGAAACAUUAUUUGAAAUUGGUAAGAGUUGGGGUUUAGAAAUUGAUCAAAGUUCAAAAUUAGAAAAAUUUUUAUCAAAAGAACCAGAAUUUUUAAAAUAUGGUAGAAUAAGAUAUCAAUCUGAUGAAUCAAAAGAAGAAUUCAAAGAAGAUGGUGUUACUGAAGUGAGUUCAAAUGAAAUUAAAUCUUUAAACGAUAAUACUUUUAUUUCAAAAGAAGCUGAAUCAUAUGCCAGUUCAGUAAGAGCUAUCAUUGGUGGUUUAUACACUCAUACCAAUGAAGAAACCACUAAAAAAUUCAUCCAAGAUCAUAUUUUAUCAAGAAAAUUACCAAUUGAACAAAUGUUCCAAUUUAGUAAACCAACUAGAGAAUUAGUUAGAUUAUGUGAAAAAUUAAAUUUUGAAGAUCCAGUCGAAAUUAGAUUAAUUGCUGAAACUGGUAGAUUAACUAAUCAUGCUAUAUUUGUUGCUGGGGCCUUUUGCGGUGCUGAAAAAUUAGGUGAAGGUGUUGGUGCUUCUUUAAGAGAAGCUAAAAAUAGAGCCGUGGUUAAUGCUUUAAUGUCUUAUUAUUUAUACUCUCCAAUUAGUCAGGAUGGUGGUGAUGUAAAAUUACCAAGUGACAAAGAUUAUAAAUUUCAAGGUAUAGUUGGUCUGGGUGAUGUUUCCAUUUAAACUCAUUUAAUCUUGUACAUAUGUGUAAAUAGAGCUAUACAAGAAUUCUAUUCUACAAUCCCAU